CGGGAUCCCUCCGCUCUGGGGAGAGCUGCGCUGGACGGUUGAGUUGGGGUGACUGAGGAAAUCCAUCCGCGUCGCCGCUGCUGCCGCCUCCGCCGCGGAGGAAGACAGGACCUCCCGCGCUCCUGCAAGCGACCCCUUGGCAGAGUCCCACCACCUCAGGCCUCGGGCCAGCGGCCAGGAGCUGCCUCCCCCAGCCCCCGUCCCGCGGCCCCCAGCCGCCCCCAACCCCGCCCCACGGGCCCGGCGCCAUGAGUGAGCUGGAGCAACUGAGACAGGAGGCCGAGCAGCUCCGGAACCAGAUCCGGGACGCCAGAAAAGCAUGCGGGGAUUCCACACUGACCCAGAUCACAGCUGGGCUGGACCCAGUGGGGAGAAUUCAGAUGAGAACACGGAGGACCCUCCGUGGACAUCUGGCAAAAAUCUAUGCCAUGCACUGGGGGACAGACUCAAGGCUGCUGGUCAGCGCCUCCCAGGACGGAAAGCUCAUCAUUUGGGACAGCUACACCACCAACAAGGUCCAUGCUAUCCCUCUGCGCUCCUCCUGGGUCAUGACCUGUGCCUAUGCCCCCUCAGGGAACUUUGUAGCCUGUGGGGGUUUGGACAACAUCUGCUCCAUCUAUAGCCUCAAGACCCGAGAGGGCAAUGUCAGGGUCAGCAGAGAGCUGCCUGGCCACACUGGGUACCUUUCAUGCUGCCGCUUCCUGGACGACAACCAAAUCAUCACCAGCUCUGGGGAUACCACCUGUGCCCUGUGGGACAUUGAGACAGGCCAGCAGACGGUGGGUUUUGCUGGACACAGUGGGGACGUGAUGUCCCUGUCACUGGCCCCCGAUGGCCGCACCUUUGUGUCAGGUGCCUGUGACGCCUCCAUCAAGCUGUGGGAUGUUCGGGAUUCCAUGUGCCGACAGACAUUCAUAGGUCACGAAUCUGACAUCAAUGCCGUGGCUUUCUUCCCCAAUGGCUAUGCCUUCACCACGGGAUCAGAUGACGCCACAUGUCGCCUGUUUGACCUGCGGGCUGAUCAGGAGCUGCUCAUGUAUUCCCAUGACAACAUCAUCUGCGGCAUCACCUCGGUUGCCUUCUCACGCAGCGGCCGGCUGCUGCUCGCGGGCUAUGACGACUUCAACUGCAACAUCUGGGAUGCCAUGAAGGGUGACCGUGCAGGUGUCCUUGCUGGCCACGAUAACCGUGUGAGCUGCCUUGGGGUCACAGAUGAUGGAAUGGCCGUGGCCACAGGCUCCUGGGACUCCUUCCUCAAGAUCUGGAACUAACCACCCCCAACCCCAGAUGGGCCAAGGCAGGGAGCAGCAUCCCUGCCCAUGCCCACACUACAGGCCUGGAGCUUUGGGGCUGGGUACACAGCCAAGCCUCCCUCCCUGGGCUACAGGGCCUUGGGUCCUGCUCCUAUACCCAGGUUUGGUUCCUCCCGGGGGGGGGCCCCCACUGUGGAGAUAAAAGUCGGGAUGGAAUAGGGGAAGCAGAAGGGCAGGAAAGCCCUCACCCUUUGCUGCCCUGGGGCUGGGGCCUCACUCCUCUGGAGGGCCAGAGGCAGGAGGUGGAAACUCCAGGGGCUGGCUUUUUUAAACUGGUUUUAUUUUAAUUUUUAUUAUAUUUUCAGUUUUUCCAUAAAGGAACCACUUCCAACUCUG